AAACAGCUUAUUAAGUCGCAGAAGGAGAAGGCGAAAUGGCAUGUUGGCCAAUAGGAAGUAAAUUCUUGUUGGGAAGGCUUCUACCGGAGAAGCAGUAUUUCGUAGAGGAAGCAUAAAACUAAGAAUCGACCAAUGGUAUCGUGUUUCGUGUUCUUCUUCGAGGGUUGAAAGAGGGUAGUCGAAGUAGGGUUGCAGAAAAUGUACUAUCUCGCUUUUUCGAUCCCUUACUCGUUUCUUCAGUAAUGGCAAAUAUUCCGUAGCCGAUAUUAUAUGCUUCUGCACGGCUUCCAUUAAACGUUAAGAUCCCCUAAAUUAAUCUCGUAAAGAGAGAGAAAAAAAAAAGAAAAAAGAAAGGAAGUUAGGCGAACAGAGAAGAUCGCUUCUCUAUUCCAAUGGAACAUACGAUGAUCUAACGGUUCGCGAAGAAAUUUAUUGCUUCUAUCUCAUCUCGAGUAUCUACAAAUGCAAAUUCGUAUUUCUACGUUUAAAAUAUUGUAGAAAUAUGACUCACUCAAUGCAAUGGUGGACGAGGACGGUUUUGAUCGAAAGGAAUUCGAAUAUUUAUCAUUGAGAUUAAAUCCUUUGGAAUGUUUUCGACUUAUAAACAUAAUGAGCGCUUCGAUGAAAUAUAUUCCUGAGAUGCGGACGACGAGGAUUCUACGGGAAUAUUUCAACAACGAUGGAAUCACAAAACGGGAUUGUCUGAUCAGACUUGAAAAUUGGAACAAUAAUUAUCUAGGUGCUAAUACGGAGGAGAAAAUUCUAAUCGCGAGAUGAUGGAUGUGACCUUGAGAAUGUUAGGAAGACCUGAUCUAGCGAAAUAUAUAACAAGAAGUAAAAAUGUCAAAUCUUUCGAUCCUAUCGUCAACGAUGACCUGUCCAAGGGACAAUCGCAUUCAAUUUCGAAACGAAAUUUAUAUAAAAAUAUGGAAGAAGAACUCGUUGGUAAGGGGAAGGAAAAAAAUGAAAAAGUGAAAAAUAAUUGCACAAGUCAGGUUCAUGAAAAUCAGCACACUGUGUCUUCAACUGAAGGAAAAAAGACAUCUCAAGAAAAACCAUCCAAUGGUGUGAGUGAAAAUAAACAAGUAACUGAUACUACCGAAAGUUCAACAUCUAUGCAAUGGCUUAAUCUUUUCCUUCUUCUUAUCUUUUUCUUCAUCGUUUCGUGCAUCAUAUUAUUUUGCGUAACUCGUAAGUGGAAACGUACAAAACUGAUGGGGGCAAAACCGAUCCAUCUCGAAGAAAAAGGAAAAUUGAGUGGUUGCACGUGCAAUUGCUCAGAUAUGGAUAUUGAAAGCGGAUCGUUAGAGCAAUGUUCUUCAAAAUAUCAUAGAAGUCGUAGAAAUGAUCAAGAAAAAUCUCGAAUACUUUCGAAAAAACGAAAGAAAGAAAAACCAAGGGACGUAUGUGUUAAGAAAUAUCCCGAUCCAUAUGUUAAGAAAAAUUUGAAAGUUAAGGAGAAAAGAAAAAAGCAUAAAACUAAAAGAAAAUCAUUAAGAACGAAAGAUUUGGACGAAGGAAAAUUGGAUAGAAAGAGAAUUCGUUUAAAUAUGGCCCAUGAUUUUAAAAGUUAUCCAAUUUGCGAUUGUUGCAAAUGUAUCGCCGAUUACAAAUGACGAUAUUUUCAAAGUAUGAUGUUUGAAAGUUUAACAAGAGCAAAAAACAAGAAGCAUUUUGUGAUAAAUGGACAACAGAUUACAAA